AUGGCUGCUGCCCAGGGUGCUAAGGUCCGCCUUCUUCCCCUCCGAAUCAGAGCAUUGCUGACAAUGCUGAUGUCGUUUGGAGGGCAAACGCCAACUAUAAUAGUCUUGAAAGAAGGCACAGACUCUUCACAAGGGAGAGGCCAAAUAAUAUCAAACAUACAAGCAUGUCUAGCAGUGCAAGAAACUAUACGGUCAACUCUAGGCCCCUACGGAGGGGACCUGUUGAUGGUAGACGAGAAUGGCAGGCAGACAAUUACGAAUGACGGAGCCACAGUCAUGAAGCUCCUUGAUAUCGUUCACCCAGCUGCACGGAUCUUGACUGACAUAGCCCGCUCGCAAGAUGCUGAGGUCGGCGAUGGCACAACCUCCGUCGUCGUUCUGGCUGGGGAAAUCUUGAAGGAGGUCAAGGAGCAUGUAGAGCAGGGCGUCAGUGCACAGAUAAUAAUGAAAGGUCUACGACGAGCAGGACAGCUAGCCGUGGAUAAAAUUGAAGAGAUUCAAGUGACGACUGACGGUGGGAAGCAGAGAGAGACAUUAAGGAGACUAGCAGCUACCGCUAUGAGCUCAAAACUGAUACACAGGAACAGCGACUUCUUCACAAAGAUGGUUGUCGACGCAGUCCUCUCAUUAGACCAAGACGACCUGAAUGAAAAGCUUAUCGGUAUAAAGAAAAUUACAGGCGGCGGCCUUCAAGACUCCCUAUUCGUCAAUGGUGUGGCAUUCAAGAAAACCUUCUCUUACGCAGGGUUCGAGCAGCAACCAAAAAGCUUUAAAGACCCCACCAUAGUUUGCCUGAACGUAGAGCUCGAACUCAAAAGCGAAAAGGACAAUGCUGAGGUCCGGGUGGAUCAGGUGUCAGAAUACCAAGCCAUCGUAGACGCCGAAUGGCAGAUCAUAAUCAACAAGCUAGAGGCCUUGGUAGAGACAGGCGCGAAGGUUGUGCUGAGUAAAUUACCGAUUGGUGAUCUUGCAACACAGUACUUUGCAGACCGAGACAUCUUCUGCGCCGGGCGAGUCGCUUCAGACGAUCUUGAACGGGUUGUCCAGGCCUGCGGUGGCACUAUCUCAUCCACAUGCUCUGACAUCCAACCUCAACAUCUGGGGACGUGUGAGCGAUUCGAGGAACGACAAAUAGGUGGCGAGCGCUUCAAUUUCUUUGAAGGGUGCCCUGCAGCCAAAACCUGCACGCUGGUGCUGAGAGGCGGCGCAGAGCAAUUCAUCGCAGAGGUAGAGCGGAGUUUGCACGAUGCGAUCAUGAUAGUCAAGCGAGCAAUCAAGAACAGGAACAUUGUUGCUGGAGGAGGCGCUUGUGAAAUGGAAGUAUCAAACCACCUCCACCGCACAGCCGACCUCGUCGGCUCAUCCGUGCGAAAACAACAAGCAAUCAUCAAAUCCUUCGCCAAAGCCCUCGAAAUCAUCCCCCGCCAACUCUGCGACAACGCCGGCUUUGACGCUACCAACGUGCUCACCCAACUCCGUGUUGAGCACUCGCGGCGACGAAAUAUAUGGGCAGGCGUUGACUUCGACACAGGCGGAACGAAAGAUAUGAUGGAGGCCUUUGUGUGGGAGCCGGCGUUGGUCAAGGUGAACGCGAUACAGGCAGCUGUGGAAGCGAGUUGUCUGAUCUUGAGUGUUGAUGAGACCAUAAAGAAUGAGCCAUCAGAGCAGCCACAAGCGCCGCAGAGAGGACUGCCGCCCGGUGCUGCUCAGAGAGCAUUAAGGGCAAGAGGAAGGGGAAUGCCACGGCGGUAG